AUGGAGGAGGUCCAAGGUACCCCGUCAGUUGGCAACCUUCCAAGCCACGGCUUUUAGCGCACCGUGAUAGCUUCAAGCGCGUCAGAUUGAUUAUAGUGAGGAAAAUGCGCUGAGUCGUCGACCUCACUCUCCCUUCCCAUUCCCACACCCCAGCCACUGUCCGAGCCGGUCAGUAGACUGGAGUGGGGAAUGGGCGCGGUGGCUGACAUGGUCGACUGACCAUGCCUGCGCGCGCCACAGCACGACCUGGCCCCCCAUACACACAAACACCAGGAUUUCACACAACGGGGGUUGAACGGCGUGUCUCUCACAUGCGUGAGAGUGCCGUGGAAGGUGCUGCUUCAGCCCGUCUCCAGCCCACCAGUCCGACACUACACAACACACACACACAACGUGACGAACUGCGUGAACCGAUAACGGGCGUCAGUCAGCAACCUUCCUAUCCACGACACUUGACGUGUCGGGAUAGUCUGUACAUGUAAAAACGAAGUUUACUAAAUUACAACCAUUAUUGACGCUUUCGGGACUUGGCGCAGUUUUAAAGAGAUUGGGCAUUUCUAAACAACGUAACAUUGCCUUCAAUACUUCUUUAACGUUUCUAAUUCUUUUAAAGUUGUGCUUUAUUAACAGAGAUAUUUGGUCCACGCAUUGGUGUCGGUUUGCGAUUGAUUGGCAAUCUGCAGGCCGGAGAACGAUGACUCAAGCAACCCGCGACUCAAGCGGCUGUUACCUCCUGCAAUGAUCUCGGCAUCGAUGACGAUGGGUACGAGGGUGAAUACGAAGCGUCAGUCUAACGACACUCCUGCAGCAGCGAUCGAGUCUCUUUUCAGACUGAAAUGUCCAAAACCUGGCCAAUAGCAGCGUUUUGCCAUCUUGCCUCUGGCCUGCGUAUGCCAGAGAGUUUACGACGGGCGUCCAGGACAAGGUUGCUAUUUUAGUGAAUUAACAGCAGCAUACAAUGGCCAGCCGAACUAGGUGGUCAUUUCAGUGCUCACAGCCCGCGAACGGUUAUCAUCUGUCGCAACAUGAGGACGUGUCGUGCGUAGUAGUCGCACUUCGGUGAUCGCUUAGAUUGAAGGCCUCAUGAUCAGGUCGACGCAGUUAUUCGUGCUGAUUAUCACAGCGCCUACGACUGGUCACGUAAUUACAGAAGUUGAGUUCACUCAUCUGACCAGUGUAAAAAGGCGCCCCAGGCCAGAUGCACGAAGCAAUGUUUCCUAGACCUGUUGUUUCCACUUUUCUUAUCUCAACACCACCUUCGGUGUGCGAACUUUCCUGCGCUACACUGAAGGCUCUUAAAGAACAAAAAGUAAACCCUGACAAUACAAAUGCCUUAAGAUAUGAGCAUGAGAUAGUGCGAAAAAAUAUAACGCAAAACUUAGAAAUUAAAAAAUAUGAUACUCGGCAGUGUAUUUCAAGCAGAGGGAGCAUACACACGUUUCCCAUGUUGUAUCACAUGCGAUCGUUUAUACAGUGUUUCAGGAGUUAUUUAAAUCUUUUGUUUUUGCACCUUCUCUUGGCAACUACAAUAUUGUUUGGGAAUCACUGACCGAGAUUGUGAUUGCUGGAAGACGGUCAUGAAACUUGCCAACAAAGUGCCGCUGUGUAUGAAUAAACCCUGUCCUACUCCAUGUCCUUCGGCAUCGCAAUCUUGCUAAGUAAACACUCCCAUAUGGCAGCACGUCUGUUUAAAUGUAUGAUUUAUCGUCAUUCUUAUCCCGCUCACGGCGAUAAGAAAGUAGGAUCGAGAUUUAAGGGCAAGUGUUGCAUCGCGUCUAACAGUCGUUUAAUUGCCUGGCCUAGUGAACUGACGUCGACGCGUAAUGACGCCGAACCUGGAACGUGUUGGCUGUGAGACGGACAGGAGACAAUGACACCACAGAAGAGCGUUCUAAAUGCCCUUUAAGGCGUGGACCGCGUGAAAUCGGUGGGUGGGUGAUUGAGUUGUAGAGACGUGGCGCUGGACCACUACCGACUCCAGUGUGGGAUUGAUCCACAGGCUGAUAGGAUAUUUAAAGUCCCGCUGAAAUGCGGAGGAUUCGGAGAGAAGAUGGACAACGUGAAACAACGUGAUGUCGAGUGCAACAACGGAACGCUUUAAAAAUAUUUCAAUCUGGUGACUUAAUCUGAAAAGUGUGGCUCAUAAGCCCUGUCGGGAAAUAAGGCAACGAGUCUCACGUGCGUCGGUGGAUGUGAAAGACGACGAGGUGGUGACGUCACUGGCACAGCCAGUCGUGGGCACUGGGGCAACACCAACCCUGGACUGGGCCGGUCGUUCAUCUGUCGUUGUAGCUGUAGCAGGAGUGGGGACAGCGGCUGCCGGUGUAGGCGUGUUGGCAGACUGGGCGUUGCCACCGCUACGACCGCGGAUUCCUAGGGGAUUAGGCCUCGAAGAAACAGCCACUGAGGGGCCUACGAGACGUGAGACGGGACGGGAAGUCUCAGGCGGAGCGGGCGCUAAAGCAACAGCGGCAGCACGCUGAUUGGCGGAUGACUGUGGGGCCGGAACACGGGCAGGGGGACCAACUCGGUGCUCUUGAGGGGCGUUGGCGACGGUGGGGCGAUGGAGAGACGGCGGCUGAGCAGAUAGAGUUUGAUCGGCAAGAUUUCCCCGGGGCUGAGUUGUGGUAUCCUGUUGGGUCUCGGGUAAUCGAAGCGAAGGGUUUAACUGGAAAAUGGCCGAUAACUCGAUCUCUUUUCCUUUUGCUAGGGACUAGUAGAGCUAUUACCACCACCACCACCACCACCACCACCACCACCACCACCACCACCACCACCACCACCACUACUACUACUACUACUACUGCUGCUGCUGCUGUUGCUGCUGCUGCUGCUGCUGCUGCUGCUGCUGCUGCUGCUGCUGCUACUACUACUAAUUCCACACUAACAGCACAGGUAGUAGCCAAAGCCCAUACACACGCGUUUUGCCAAUAUUCUGUCGUUGCAUGACACAGCUGCGAGGGGUUCGGCUCGUCAGCGGUUCUCCCAGCAUUUCCUGUCUGCUUUCUGGUAGAUACUCCUGCUCAAUAACCGUCAUCUGAAAUCAUAUUCGAGGUUAUCAGAAGUCAGCGUUCACGACCUGUUGUUCACAGAUGACUGUGCGGUAGAAACCACAGCGGAAGAGAGCAUGCAGCGAAAUGUGAAUAAUUUUACCUACGGCUGAUCCAAUUCCGGCCUGACCAUGAAGAAGACAGCGGCCCCACACUAACUGGCAAUAAAUGCUUACUACACCGAUCCCAGUAUCGGCGUCAGCGGAGCUCACGUUCUUCGGGAGCACGAUUUAGAUAAAUGCUAAAAUCGACGACGGAAUCGCAAGUCAGGACUCCAAAACCAGCCGGGUAUUCGACCGGCCGAAUCACUCUGUCUGGAAAUGCCGCGGCAACCUAUUCAACAAAAAACGUUCGCACACUCCAGCAUCCAAAUACCAAGAGUCCGUCCCCGAUUGUGUAGUCUGGCUCGCAUAUUAUUCACCCGCACCACUGGACCCCGGUGGUGGAACGCGUCUGUACCCGCGGACGCUGUAGCAUGGGUUGUAAUACUGUAGUCGGGAAUAUUUCAUGAGGUUUCUUGGGGAGUUCGGAUACAGGCGGGUCCCCAACAGCCGCUUAGAUUGUUUGUUCGAGGUUGUCUCUUCAAGCUCGUUGACUUAAAAGCCUAACCACAAGGCAGCAGCGGCGAGCAAACUUAUUUAGUGGUGGUUCACGGUCGCCAUGUCACAGUGCCGUCAUCGGGCUUUGAGGCUUUCAGCGUGCCAGACCUCAGCCAUCUGCACCCCCGUAGCACUGUCGCUGCUGGUCCGCGACUGCUUAUUCGUCCGACCUGGAUCUGCAUAUCGCGCAGCCAACCUUCACUGAAGUCCGUCCCAUUAUCCGCCACCCGUGGACGCACCGGGUAACCGGCAGCUAGGGUAACGGGCAACCCGCAUUCCCUCUGUGUAUAAACACGCUUAAUAAGGCAUACCCCCUUUUCACUAGUGUGCCGAAAAUGAGGAUUCCGGUCAGUCAUUUUAGAAUGAUGCACAUAUGAAAAGGCAUACAACAUUUCAAAUAUUUCCAUGGACAUUAACACACUCUUACCACUAUGUUCACCUUAUCUAGAAGCUUUUUUUUUGGGGGGGGGGGGCGUUUUAAAGACUGUGGAAUAAUCAGUUUAAGUUUAAAUGACGGGCUAAUCGCAAACACAGGAACUCAGGGUAUCCGUGGAGAGAGUGUUUGUUUCCACACUCCUGGUAAUCCUAUUUUCUUUCCAAUUCUACCCUCACUCCACUCCUUAAAAGUCCUAUAGAGAUGGCGGCAAGCAGUCUCGUAGACUGUUCAGGCUAAUUCGGGUAGUCUUCUCAUUAAUCAAAACCGCGAUAAAUAGUGGAAUUCAACAGCCGCCUGGGAUGACUCAACAGCCCCAUCUACGGAUUCACUGCCUGCUCACUUCUAGAGAGGGGUAGAGAACGUGCCCAGAAGAUGCUGCGAAAUUACGCUGUCCGCAAGCUGACCUUGACUUUUUGACGUAAGACUCCCCAUCGAAACACAAUGCAAAACCAAACGUCCCCUUCCGCCAUCUAAGCCGCUCUAAUUACCGCGCCCAUUAUGGAUGCCUGAAAUGUUCGUUGUCUUCUCAGUGACCAACCGACCUGAAAGAAGAAGAAUGACAAUCGCCCAAGAACUGGUGUGCUGCAAGUAGGGCCUCGUGGUUCUCAACGAUAUCCAGUUCUCCGAACAGGGUCCCCUGGAGGAGGAAGGUGCAGGCCAAACGUUCUUCUGGUGCGGACGCCCAAAUGCUGAGCGAGAAGGAUAUCGUAGGACUACUACCCCUGUCGGCCUCAACGACCGCCUCAUGAGUUUGCGCCUACCUCUUUGGUGAAGAAAAUUUGCCACCGUCGUCAGUCCCUAGGGCCUCGCAUUGACCAGUCCAGACGACGUAAAGGACAAGUUCUACGAAGACCAACACGCACUACCGGCAAAUCCGCUGAACGCAGACAAACUGAAUAACUUUGCUGAAUUCAGCAUCAGCCAAAGAACAGACCAUUCUGUCUGGGAGUGAGUAUUGGGUCCUCACGGCAUCGGCACAAUGAACACAACAUCAAUGUCAAUGAAACUUAAUCCACAACACUGAACAAAUUCGCUUUAGCUAGGAAGUAGCACUUCAAAAAAUGUGAAUAUCAACGAAGAAAUCGCUCACUAGAACUCCAAAUUCAACCAAGCCUUCGGCCAGCUGCAUAGCUCCGUCUGGAAUCGCCGCAGACUUCAUCCCAAUACAAAACUCAGGAUGUAUAAGUCCUGGCAAAACUACUGCAUGGAGACCGACCUGGACAGUCUACGCAGACAAAACAAAGGGAAGCUCAAUCAUUUCCACCUCAGUUGCCCCCCGGAAAAUAUCAAAGCUGAGGCGACAAAACAGAAUUCCCGACAGAAAGUGUUGAUGCGGACCGCAGUCCUCAGGAUCCACGCCGUGCUCAGCCGAACCCAACGACGAUGAAGUUCCAACGUCGCGAGGCUGAACGACGAGCGCCUGUCCAAGCGACUAUUCUAUUAGCAACAUAGCUAUUGAUGCUCGUGAAUAAGGCAAACCAAGGCGUCACUAUAAGGGACCAUUGAAGACCUCCCGAAAGCAUCUUCAAUUCAACCCUGAGACCCGAGUGGACCUCGCCCAUGAUCGGAAGAUCUGGAGAGGAGCAGUGAAGACUGGAGCAGCAAUCAUCGAAGCCAACCAGACAGCCACCGUCAAUGCAAAAAUAGCGGUUUGCAAGCCUCAAGCAUCGUGGGCCAACGACUCAAGCACCUAUCCACUUCCAUGCGCUCACAAAGCUAACAGACAUUCUGCACUCCGUCUGGAAUCGUCCCGGCAUUCUAUUCAACACAAAACUCAUAACUGCAGAGCUGUUGUCUGACAACGUCAUCGUAUGGAGAGGAGACCAGGACUGUUUAUGAAAGUAAAGGAAGAAAAUUAAACCAUUUCGCCUCCAGUUACACCCCAAGAAUCCUGAGGUCAAAGUGACAGAAAUAGGAUCCCCCGACACUGACAUCGUGGAAACAACCACGUCCCGGUAUCCAUGUCAUGUUGUGACUGAUUGAGUUGUGAUGAAGUGGUUACCCCGUGAGAGUGAGUGACGAGCAUUUGCCAAACGUUUAUUUCACGGCGACAUAUCUGUUAGUAAUCGUAGAAGAGGCAGAUAGGAGCGUUGCUACAAGGACACAUUGAUGACCUACCUCAAACACUGACAAAUCAACCCAGAGAUCUGAGAAGACCUUGUUAAAUAUCAGCAUUCGUGGUGCACUGCCGCAGAAACUGCAGCAGUAAUCUUCGAAGCCGGUCGAAUUGCUGCUGUCAAAACAGAGAGAGAUAGAUAGAGAGAGGGAGGGAAGGAGGGAGGGAGGGAGAGGGAAGACCCAGGUGCUACGGACCACGAAGGCAAGCACUCAACGCCUGACUUCGUGUUCACACUGUCAAGGCACAUUUCGAGCACGGAUCGACCUCGUCGGACACCUGUAAACCCACUGCAAUUUCAAAUCGAUCAGUUCACCAUGCAGGUAGCAACACAACCAUUAAUACAUCUACCACAAUCCUCACCAAUGCGAAGUCGCAUAUCAUUCUCCCAAACAUUAUCACUACUCACCCUACAGCCAGAAAUGUGGACUUCAUCUCGUCAUUUCCCGCAUUUCGAUCGCUCCUUCACAUCAGGCAUUGACCUGGUCAGUCACUUGCGAAUCCAUCGUAGCGAGACCGGCGAAACACUGCCAGGAGCCCCAAUACACGCCCAUUUCCUUCACUGCCCGAGGACAAUCGAUCAUUGCAUGGGUCUAUUCGGUCGUAUGCUCCUCCAUGCAAAUCUGCUAUUAGACCGCACUCCGGACCACAUCAGCACACUUUUACCCUAUCUUGCAACACACACGCGCAUAGACACCCACAAAUAUCUGGAUUACAUAUGAGCCUCAUCCACACCACGCACUGCAGACCAUAGCAAUCAUAACUCUGUUGGACAGCAAAUGAGUGACCCGCUUUGCCAUCACCGAUGUGGCCGACAUAACGCCCCAUGUCAGGACUUGCACACCUCACAUAUGUGUGAAGUAGGCUCUUUAAUGUAGCCUAGUAAAUGAAGUGUCGGUCACGUAGUAUAUAGACUGGCUGUCGUAGCUCCGUCAGUCACUGUGCCCGAUCCUGUCACCAUCUGUUUGACUGGUUCGGGCAGUCGGCUAGUGCAUAGGAGAGAGAGAGAGAGAGAGAGACAGAGACAGAGAGAUAUCGACACUGGGGAAUCCAUUCCAAUGGCAGAUCAUCGCAUUCCUCACUAUAAUCAGCCUGACUUCAUUGAAGCUAUCACAACAGGCUAAAUAUCGUGGCUUGGAAGUUUGCCGUCUGACGUUAUAACUCGGUCCGGGCAGUCAGUAAUGUGUGUGCUCUCCCGCCAAAAAAAACGGGCCACGUGGUAGAUGCUCUGGGCCAACACAGGGACCAUAUUGGAUUCUGACAGGGGCUAUCGGAAUGCGCACCAUAACAAAUGCAACAUUUCGGGAUGCGGUGGCAGAUCCAGUUGCCAGCAUUGGUCGCGAACAUUGGGACCUCUGCGGCCCUCCCCAUUUUUGUCGUCGGUUAAAAUUCUGGUCUUUUGCAGUGUGGUCCAAGGGGUGCGGAGUGGAGCGCCAAGGUGCGGACUCGACCGUGCUAUGCACCUGCGUCCUCCCUCGCCUCCGGACUUCAUGACUCUGUCUUGACACCGGGCCCAGGUGAGGAGGCGGAGGCGGCGGCGGAGGAGGAGGAGGAGGAGGAGGAGGAGGAGGAGGAGGAGGAGAGCGUACGGUAGGUGCUGUGCAAGUCUACUAUCACUAUAAAAAAUGCACGCACAAGUCACUGUUCCUGCUCUCAUCUUGCUGUGGAGCACACGAUGGGCAUCGUCGGACACGACGAUCGGACUCACUGGGUGACUGGCUGGCAGACUGCAAGUCAGAAUCAAUGGUUCCUUCUUAAUGUGACCUUUCUACCACCUCCACACACCCGAGAUCCGAACCGUCAUCUGUGAAAGCUCAGUACAUGCUGUGGAGACCAGGUCGUGUGUUGGCACGCCUAUCCAGAUUCUUUAACUUUAUCAGUCACUGCGUCGUCGCUCGCGAACUGUCCUGUUUAAUAAAGGUCGGUCACUUGGAUUUGGAAGAGUAAUACGUUUGCGUUAUGUGCAGGGACGUUCGCGGAGGGGAUCCUAUAGUUCACGACCGUAUCCACUGUGGCCAGGACACGGAAAUUUUUAUUAUGCAAAAGUGUGAGAGAGUUGUGCAACCAGAUUCUUGAAAAGUCAACUGUUCUGGCACUGGCGCUACAGUAGUAGUAGUAUUAGUAGUAGUAGUAGUUAUAGUAGUAGUAGUAGUAGUAGUAGUAGUAGUAGUAGUAGUAGUAGUAGUAGUAGUAGUAGUAAUAUGGCUGAAGGAGGGCAAGAUCUUAAAAACGUUGGGGGUGAGGAAUCUGAGUCGCGGAACUGGUCAUGAUCUAGGCAAGACGGUUUGCAAAGUACCUUUGCCAGUCCGCUGAGAAUAGCGCUCAUUCGAAACUGUUCUGAAGGCAAAGUCAGGUUGAGAAUCCAUGUUUAAAAAAGUUAAGUUUUGGAAAGUUUCCUUUUUUCCGAAUAAUUUUGAGCCAGAUCAGUCGUUGCAUUAGCGUUUAGCGACUUCAGUCGUCAAUAUGUUUACUUUCUGCGUAGAGAAAAUCAUAUAUUCUUCUAUGCCUCUAAGAAGAUAUCAAGUAGCGUUAAUAAAAAUUUGCAGUGGAUGCAGACUGCGAUGUAUACAUCAUGAGCAACAUUAAUAGUCGGAGAGGUAAGAUGCUGUAUGAAUGGACUUUGCACAAUCUUAAAGAAUUUCGUGAUGGAAAACUUUUAAAACCCAAAUAUACCCUCUCUUCGAGUACAAAAUGCAAAUAAGACGUUGUUUUCUACCAACUGAGCAAAAGAAAGCAUACCUUGUGCAUUUUUUACAAAAUAUGUUUGAAUUUAUAAGGUUAUCGAAAGUCAAUGUGAACAGUGCACACUACUUUAGUGGUCAUUUUUGUCAAGCGCAAUUUUUACAGGAUGACGAAAAGUGGCACAUUCAAAAACUAACAUCCUGGCGAGUCCGCCUGAUGAUUAAUAUUACAAACCCACCUAUGUCAUCCUUCCUAAUCGGUGGGAACACCGUGGACGUCACCGUUUGCGACGUUCAACGUGAGUACAUCAGUGGGAUGCCCAGUCGUUUUUCGGCCUCAGUCAAGAGCCAAUUGGUGGUGUCUAAACUGGAGGUCAUGGUGCUUGCUGAAGUCGCUGUGGAAAGCUACUGUCUCUCAGAUAUCUUGUGAACCUUCCGGAACUUCCUUUUUGUCGCAUGUCAGUUUUGAGUAUGCUCGCUGGGCGCAGGAUUAGCAGGAGGAGGAAGAGGGAGGGUGGUCUGGAUUAUAGUAUAGGCUUACACUUAAGAGAAAAAUUCGCUUUAUUUUGAAGUCACAAAUUCAAAAUUUUCAGCAAAAAAUUGGCAUAAUUCACUAUGGACAGUAGACAAGUUAAUAGAUUAUUCCGGAGUCAAAAGUUUAACACAAAUCAACGAUUAUUAUGGGGACAGUCCAAGUCUCCUCUUCUGUAUUUCUAUCCCUUCACACGUUAGAUAGCGUGCCCGGAAUGACAACACAGAAUCUCGAAGUGCCGAUAUGAAAGAUUUGAUGACAAAGUGACGCCAAGGUACCAGAAAGAGGAUACCUCGAUAGGAAGGACUAGGAGAGGGCCGUUGUCGGAAAAUACACUGAACCGACUUUUGAUUGUUCAUUAGGAGACCAUUUUCCGCCGACCAUUCUAGGACAUGGCUAAGGCCAUCCUUUAGAGACAGGAGGUGUGUCUGGUUUUUGAGAAGGUGUCCAACAACCACAACAUCAGCAUACUUAACCAAAAGACCGUCGCUAGGGGAUCUUAGAUCCUCGGUGUGGAGGAAGAAAAGGUGAGGGAACAGAAUGGAACCUUGAAGAACUCCGCAGUCCUUGGAAAAGACCGCCUGCCAGAUUGGACAAUUUGAGUGCGGGAAGUAAAAUAAUCGCUAGCUUCACGUAUUAAAUGAGCGUCAUGAAUUUUGCGUGAUAAAGGUGUCAGAAGUAAAAUUAGUCACCCCGUUUGGCAGACUAACGGCGACAAGUCGUGCUUAUCCCUCAAUUUCGGGAAGGUCAAUGAGAGACUAUCCUUUUACAGACUGUUGCACCUUCUAUGAGACAGUCCCGACUGUCUCUAAUGAGGGGUUGGAGCGAGAAUCCGAAACACCAGGCCAAUAAAGAUUUAUAAGUUAUCCCUUCAACUGGUUGCCUUCCAAACCAGUGCUCUUAUAGCACCGUGCUAGAUUCAAGCCCGUCAAAUUAUUUGAAGUGAAGGAUAUGCACUGAGAUCGUCGACCUCACCCUCUCUUCCUAAUCCCAGGUAGCAGUUCACUGUCAGAGCCGGUCAGAUGACUGAUGCGGGGAGUGGACGCAGUGACUGAAAGGGCUAGAGAGCUGGUCUGCGCGCGCCACCUGCACGACCUUGCCUCCAAAUGCACAUACCAGGACUACUCACAGAAGGGUGUCGGGGGUUCGGAUCUCACAUGUGUGAGAGCGCCAUUAAGAAGGAUCCAUCGCAGUCCGGCUCCCAGUCGAACAGUAGACAACCAAGUGCACAGACACACACUGGGCUGACUGAGUGGUCUGGGUGGAAUCUUCAGGCGAUAGCCUUCCAAGCCACGGCUUUUAGCGCACCGUGAUUGUCCCAAGAGCGUCGGAUUGUAUAUAGUGAGAAAUUUUGUGCAAAGUGUCAGCCUCACUCGUUCUUCCCUUUCCCAUGCACCAAUCGACCGUCCCAGCCGGUCAGCCAACUGAUGCCCGGGAUUGGGAAGGAUGACUGUGCGAUCUAAGAAUAUCCCGUCUGCGCGUGCCACACACACCCCAGACAUCAUACGUAAAAAUCAGGAUUUCGCGGAAGGAGUAAACUGCUCAGAUCUCAAAUGUAACGGAUAACCACAUGGGGUAGGAGCCGAAUAUCACACUUCCCACUUAAUUGAGAAGUGCCCAUGACACCUUUAUUGUCUGCACAAAGCGUACUGUCGAUUUCUGUGCAUUCGUCAAAAAGCAAAAUCUUCUCCGAUUUUCAUGUUAUCCCAUAGAGCCAAGCAUUCAGACCGCAGGACUCACUCCCAACAACAAAUAUAUCACAUCGUUUCACUGGCACCGGCGGCGUCUCUAACUCCAAUGCGGGGCAUUCCAUUUAGCAGCUGCUGAACCUGAAUCCGUUCAGACUGCUUCCUGUUACCUCUUGCAUAACUUCGCUGUCUCCCAUAAUCCCGCUCAUAUACCAGUAUCCCAUGUCCGACGCCCACCCAAACUUUGGCCAACCAUGGUGACGGAUUUCAUUCGACAUCAACACCGAUAGCAGUGUUGGCAUGACUACUACUACUACUACUACUACUACUACUACUACUACUACUACUACUACUACUACUACUACUACUACUACUACUAAUACUACUACUACCACCACCACCAUUACUACUACUACUACUACUACUACUACUACUACUACUACUACUACUACUACUACUACUACUACCACCACUACCACCACCAUCACUACUACUACUACCACUACUACCAUCACCGUCACUAGCGCAACUACUAUUAAUGAUAUUGCUAAUGGCACCGCUACCAUUUAGGUUGCUAUUAUUACUGUCAUUAUUCCAAAAAUGGAUACCAGCACUGUCGCCAUCAUCAGUGUCAUUAGCUGAGAGUUUGGUAAGUGGUCAGGGCCGGGCGCACUGCGAACCACGUCGAUAUCUUGAUUUAAGCGGGGUCUCCUAAAGUUAAUCGAAGUCUGAAAGUUAGCGAAGUUAGUCGGAGAGGGAAGUAUACAGGAAAAUGUCCUGUACGUGGGUAUGCCUUACACCAUCUGCCCAAUAUUAAGGUUUCCUUUUUCAUCUAUUCAGUUCGAACUGUCGUUACUGUCUAUCUCCUAGUUACUGGACACAUUACCUUCCCCUGCUGAAUGCAAAACUUUGCAUGAGGCUUUGAGGUUUAUGCAAGAUUUUUGGUUGUGCUGACUGAAUGCAUGGUGGCACAAAUUUCAGAUGUUUUCGCUAUGUGACGCCCAGUUGAAACUUGCCGCAUAUCGAUCCGAAUUGUUUAUGCGUCUGCCAGCUGUCGGCGGGCGAGGUCUGAGGCUCUGCUGGUCGAAUUUUGACCUUUUUAACCAUCGCAAUGAAUGUUACCAGUAAAUGAAUGGUAAACGUUGGGGAGUUCUACGAAGAUUUACGAAAUAGGACUUAGGGCAGAGACGAAAUGAGAAAUGGAACAACUAAUUUUGGGGAACGAGAAAGGCCUGUUGGAGACAAACUUGCUGGUGUUGCAGCAGACGCCCUAAGCUCAGUUACUAGCAAGAUUUCUAAGCUAUAGCAUGGCGGAUCCAAAGCCAGGGCUUGAAUGAAUAGUGUAAAACUUUUUUGAGUGGACACAUGCACACUGCUCGAAACUUUAUCAAAGGUGGACCUACUUUACUUUACACGUCCCAUCGCGUUUCACUGUUUCUGUCUACGUAAGCACCAGUAGGAAAUAGGAGGUUAGGAGAUGAAACGAACCUCAUGAAAAGCGUGUGCAGCCUGUCACCUAUGCUGACCUAUAUCAUUCGGCUGACCGUAACGCUACAUCACCCGGUUGCUAUGAAAGGGGUAUCCAAAUCCGUUCGUUCUAAGCCAUCUUUGCUAACUUCAAUUCACCCACUCGUCGACAAGAGCUCGAUUGUGUAAGUGACGGGCGAGGCCAAUAAAACAAAAAGUUGGAGUUAAGUACGCCCCAUCUGAUUAUCAGUCGGUCGGCAGGCUCGGACAGGCCACCAGCAAAUGGAGGAAGGAGAAAAGAGUGAAGUCGACCCAACUCAGAUCAAGAGCUAAACUUUGUCGUUACAGACAACCAAACACACUUCGCAUCUAUUAGGAUGCGCUAUCAGUCUUGGCUAGAUCGCAGUUGGUAGCCAGGCCCCGUAUAACAGGUGGCUGGGGGGAGGGUUGUUUACUGGUGCUAUUUUGUGGUGUUACAUAAUCACAUCUGACCCAUGUGGCUUGUGUUUUACGUCUGAGGUUAGGAUUAGGGUACCGGUUAAUGGUUUCCGAUUUUCGGGUUAGGGUUAUGCCUUUAGGCUUAGGUUUUCGGGUUACGGUUAGGGUUUGAGUGUACGAUUAAGUAUACGAUUACUAGGCAUGCAGAGUUGAAAGUCAUAUCUUGUCCGUCCGAUGUAAUUAGUUAGAAACUUUCAAAGAUCGAAUUACUUGAGAAGAAGGAGAUCCGAUCGCUGAAACAAGAACUUUAUCAACCUGAAGCUUCAGAUUCUCACUCGAACCCAUUACCGGAGACAAACUCAGAUAGGGGCAGUGGGUCGCGCAGGUGUUGUGGUAUUUAUAGGAUGUGGUUGCUAUGCCAUUGCAUGCCUAUAGAAACUGACAGUUUUUUAAUACAUGGCAGAACGUUGAAGGAAUUGCGAUAAUGACUUAAUGGGUCAGGUGCUGUAGUAUGCAAGUGCUAUACGUCUACAUGCCUGUCAAAAUCAUCGGCUCCCGUGUUCAUCGUAGGUCGCUGCACGUGGUGUGAUAUUGUCCUAAUUACGGGCAGUCAAGUCGCUAAUUAUCAGAAUUCAAUCACGCUUGGAGGUGCGUGGGGGGGGGAGGUCACUGAGCUUGUUACUCAGCUGAGGACCGGAAAACCAUGACUCGAGCAGUCCAGGGCUUAUGUGACUGUCCCCUCUCUCAAGAAUUUCGCCCUCAUCGAACUUGAAUGUGUGAUCAGGUCCCGUUGAAUGAGCCGCGCCUUGGGGCUGACAUCGUUACUCCUCACGGCCGUUGCGUGCUCAGCCACCCGCGUCCGGAGCAGUAUUCCAGUUUCUCCGACAUACAGUAGACGUACUAUCUCGUGAAAUGUUAGGCGAAAUUCUGAGAUGCGUUUUCGACUCGAAAAUAUUACUUAAGCAGAGUUUGAAUAUUAACUGCCGUGCAGCAUAAUCCAAAAAGCAUUUUAUUACAGCCAUGAUGACGGCUUUGAAAAGAAUUUCUUUCCGUCUGCCCGCAAGAACUGCACUGUGAAAAAAUGACUACUUAAUUAGUACGAAUUUUUCCCAAUGACUUCCGAUGUCCUUAUGCAUUCAAAUAUAUUUCAUAGGGAACAUUCAUAAAAAGCAUUUGUUCUUUUAUUCACUUGGCAGAAAAUUGCAUCCUUUUCAAAUUUUGCCCUUGAAGGGAAAGCAUAAUACGGUUUUAGAGGACUUUUUCAAUGCCCGAAUAAUGUUGAAUCUGACCUGCUGUUACACUUGAAUUCAGGGCUUCCAAACUACGAGCUAUACAUUUUGCGUAUACGGAAAAUCAUGCCUCUCUGCACGUAAUUAAGAAAACGCCGUAUGACGUUCACAAAAUUUUGCAGUACAUUCGAACUAUAGAGUAAACUUUACAAGCACAAUUAGUAAAUGUUGAAACACGAUGUUUGAUGAACGGACAUUUCACUGUCUCGAAAAUCCUAUAAUAGAAGACUGUUUGAAACCGAAUUAUUCUCUUCAUUCUGGUACAGAAUUCUAAGAAGACGUAAUUUGCCACCAAGUGAGGAAAAGAAUGAAUGUUUCUGUACAUGUUUUUAUGAAAUAUUUUUGAAUGUAUAAGGGCACCGAAAUUCGACGAAAAUACAUGCUACUUAAGAAGUUAUUUUUUGGAGAAUGUGAAUUUUUCAGGUGCUCGGAAGGAUGUUCAUUCAAAAGCCGGCAUCCUGUUGUGACAGAAAUAUCUUGAGAUUAUGCUGCCUGGUAACUAAUAUUACAAACCUACUUAAAUAAUAUUUUCGAGUCGAAAACGCAUUUCAGAAUUUUGGCUAACACUUCAUGAGAUGACACGUCUGCUGUAAUUUCUCUUCCCGCGGUUGCAUCAGACCCGCUAAACGAUUUCAGAAAUUUCUCGCCGUGGCAGUGGUCUUUCGGCUUCCUGAUUUGAUGUUUGAUGGUUGCCUCCAGUCUGCGUGCAACUCAAAUUCCAAGUGGUGUUAGGAGGCGACUAACGGCCUCCGAGACCUUCUUCACGAAUGAGACAGCUCGUCAAACUUUAAGGCCGAUUAGAUUGGGUUUCCUGUUCCGUCUGCGAGUGUAACCAUUGACCGUAGGGAUCCGUUGAAGAUAUUGUAAUUCAACGACCUUGUCUUCCGGUUUGCCGCAAUGAGUUCCGCAUGCUGAUAUAACACCCUUACGUAACCGCGUUUAUGACUGAUUGGGGGAUUGCUGUUAUGGCUCAGUACUUGCGUUGUAUUUUUCGCUUUCCUGAGUAAUUUGGUUUUUAGGUUACCACAGACUUUGUGGCAGAUUAACGGGACAAUUAGUACCGUAGGUUCUAGACUGUGAAUCCUCGAGGAAUCUCACAAGCGUUUGGUGAUCACCAUAGUGGCAAACUCGGAGACCCUCCAAUCGAAGCUGCGGUCGCAUUCAAACGAAUACAUAACUACGACAGACCAGUUCGAAAAUUCAAGAGUGGAGCCAUAAUCCAAAGACAAUCUUUGUUUCUUCAACGUAUGCUCAGAAUUUCUACCUUCACUGAGUUGCGUUGUCCACUUACUCGAUGAAGAAUGCUCAGUAGACAUCAAAGUAUCGCAAGGAAAACUGACAUGUUUUCAAAUAUGCGGACGCCAUGCUUCUUCCCAGGUUUGUCAACGGCACGCAAAUUAGGAGAAGUAACUCCUGAAAUAUGAUAACCAAAAUCUAGGUGAUCGAGCCGGGGUACCUCAAACGUUGAGCAUCUUCCUUAUUGACUGAAUGAGUUCCGGGAAAAAGUCCCUUCUCAUGGACAGGAUGUUUCCAAGUUAUUUUAUUGAUAAACAAAACCACAGUUUUGGAAGCAGGUAGACGAUGACAACUAUUCAGACAAGAAAGGCUUACCAAAACUGUCGAUGCCAACUUGAAACUUGAUUUUUCCGUCUGCGUAAAGCGGAUGAGGUACGAUGUGAAGACCCGUGCUCUAAAAACGGCAAUAAGACCUACAAGUAAGCUUUCGUCUUUACAUUCCCGUGAGUCUAACGGAUAUACACAUGUCCUACAAGUGACCGUAGAGUGCUCACAUUCAAGAAAUUCCUUUUACUUCUAAAUAUAAAGCAAGAUAGUUUUGUGCGAUCAUGUUUCCGAUAAGAUGUGAUUUAGAAACAAAACGGACACAACAUUAACCUUCUGCGAACUACUUCAGUAUUUGUUUGGAAAGUGUAAUGAAUCCUUGAUCGCAAAAUGGAGUCAAAGAUUAAACGAAGACCACAAAAAUACCUUCAAAAUGAAGAGGGCAUGAUCUUUUUCGUUUUCUUCAGAAAGGUGCCUGAACAGAAAAGUGAUUUAAUUAUUUCCUUGGCGCACCUUCGAGGAGUGAUGAAGGACGUCGACAUCAAUUAUCAACAAACACAAUAAAAGAAUUUUUAAACGGAUUAAUUAUUUGACCAUGUUUUUUUAAUCGACCAGGAACAUAUUCACUAUAGCAUUUCGACUUGGGACUCCAUUUUCUUCUGCGAGUGGGCUUCCUGUUUGGGGAAACCUACACAUAUGAUUGAGAUCUUCAUUUACAAUCGGAAUAACGUCCAGCAAUCAUUAUUUAUUUAAAAGAUUUCAAGAACUGCGUUAUUUUUAAGGUUUAGGUGAGCUCAAGAUACAGAAGUAGUCAUUGCUGACAACCAAUCGAGAACAUUAAAAACGACAGCAUAGUCACUGACAUUUCAAGGACGCCAGGAAACUCAUCGGACUCUACAGUCUCCAGAAAGCCCAAAGUAAUUUUACAGUAGAAGAAUAUCUCUGAUACAAAAAAGUGGUUCGCUUAUGGUUGCACCUACUAGUUAUAUUCCUCUUUCUUAGUCACUGAUCAGUCACCCGACAGGUGAACUUUGGAAACUUUUAAUCUUCUAACGUCUUUAUUAGGGAAAUAAACCUAGAGCCUCCUCGCCGCGGUCCAGCGCACCUCGAAGAGGGCAAAAAAAGAAAAACUGCAUCAAGUUAUAAUGACACCGUUUUGAUCUACACAACGAAACUCCAAGCAGCCGGCUAUACCGGCGACGGCGAAGCGGAUCGUAGGCUUGGUGCCGUUAAGCGAUAUGAUUGUUACGGUCUGUGGCGUGUGGUGUAGAGGGCGGUUAAUACGUGGCUUAGGGAUGCGUGUGUGGGCAGGCAGGAUCAGGUGAGAUAAUUGGGUCAAGAGAUUGGCAUGGAGAUGCAUACAGUUAGAUGGACACAUGAGAUGACUGAAAACCCUGGAGCAGUGUGAGCAGGGGAGACGGGGUGGGUGUAUGUCUGGGCCGCUGGUACUGGUUCUCCGGCCACAUUGCGAUGGAUUCGCAAGUGACCGUCGAUCCUGUCCCUCGACUCAAAUAUAUGGUGGCAGUAAGAACAGGAUGGGACUAUGGCUACUGGGCUAGUGGUGCUGGCGACACUUUUGGUGGCGGUGGCGCUAGUAGAUUUAUUGUGCCAGGGCUAGAGGGGUUUUCGGUCGUAGGACGGGCGUCGGUCGUUGUGACUCUGGGGGGAACUCCUCCGUCUUUUCUGCGCAUGUGGACGAUAAGACCAUUGCUGUGUCUCAAUGUUCUGAAGCAUUAUGGACGGGUGAGGCGCAUGAAGGUUGUAGGUUGGGGCUCCUGGCACUGAUUCGCCGGUCUCAGUACGAUGGGUUAGCUAGUGACGGACCACACCAUUGCAUGAUGUGAAGGUGCGAUCACAAUGCAGAACAAGUUGAGAUUAAGUUCAUGUCGCUGAUGGAAGAAACAGUGGUAGAAAUAUUUUGAGUACAUGUGUGUGCGUGUGUCCUCACAGGUGAUAUUAGUCGUAUCAGUAGCGGCUAUGUUGUGAUGCCAGAGACACGCUGGUGGGGGUGUCAUUGCACUGGGUCCGCAGAUAUCCGACGAGGCCAAUGCGUGCCCGAAAUGUCCUCUGAUAGUGGGUAACAUGAUGAUAGCGGUUGGGCGCUUGCCUCCCUUGUCCGCAGGCAUUGAAUCUUGUCUGUUAAUCUCUCUCUCUCUCUUUCUCAUUCACUCUCUUUGCUUUGACAGCGGCUAUUCGAAUAGCCUCGAAGAUGACCGCUACCGUUUUUACGACAAUGCAUUACGAUCUUCAAAUAGGGUCCUCCCAGGUCCCUAUGCUGACCUAUCGGUGUUUGAAGUAAAUUUUCAAGGCGUACUAGUGGCGACACUUCGAUUUGCCUUUUCUGCGGCCACCCACAGCUCUGUUGCUGCAGAAUAACCGUUCGGCAAAUGCUUGUCAUUUAUCCCCACGAGGUGAUCGGAGCCUCACAACUGUGUCCGCCUCAACAUGGCAUGGAUGCUGAGGGCGUGGAUUCUUUGGGGGGUACCAUUGUCUGGAAUCCUUUCCUGUCACUUGACUUCAGGAUUCUUCGGAGGCAACUGAGGUGAAAAUGGAUGCUCUCGAAGAUGCCUUUAAGCGACUGAUGCUGAGCAGUUUUCUGUCAUUUUGGUGGUCAAUACCGAUCCCCGUCUGCUCCUCAUGAUAGGAAUCUCUCAGCAUAGCAGGUUACUUGUGUUCGAUUGCCACUAAACCACCCACACAGUUCUGACUCAUGCCUAUGUGAUUUUGUCUUUGAUUUCUGAAUUUGAGUUUUCCCCAAGUUCACUUUUGUAACAUGUGUUAACUAAAGUACAUGAUAUGUGUACUCCCUUUUGAUUUUCAGUUGUCCUUCUUCACUAGUCUCUAGUCACCUUCUGGUUGCCGUUUCUUUGAAGGUCCACUUCCGAGAAACCUCAUUCUGUUCACCUUAACGCAACCAUAUUUUGACUGUCAGUGUCCAUUAAAAUUUAGCGCGGCGGACUGCUUUUCCAAGAGUAACAUAACGAACCAAAAGGAACUCUGCUCCCGACAGUAAACAAGUUUAUAAUGAGUGCGUGCAAGAUGGACCGGAAAAUUGUAAACCUUCGAGAAAUGUCAUCAGACCAUUUGAAAGCAGCCGUUUUACAGACUUGCUGUACCCCAUAGGCAUUCGUCAGGAAAAGAAGAGGUGAAAGUUAAUGGCGCAGAUAAGCUCAACUCUGCCACAUUCGCUAUGGCGAACAGACUUCAGAGAAAAUGGUUGUGGACCUGUACUGCAGCUUGGAAGUGAUGAAUGCCUUAGGGAUCUGCAAUAACAGCAGCAAAAGGCGUCGAGAUUGCUACCUUAUGUCGUAUCUGACUUUCAAGCCCCCUGGUGUAGAUCGAGUUUCUGAAAGCUGUUAAAUCAGUUUCUUAUUGAGAUAUAAUUAGUUCGAAAUGGGAGUGACAAAGGCCCAAAUGUCACCGAAGGUGUAUCAAUGUCUCGGUCCUGUCAACUGCUGUUUAUUUUUCAGUAAUGUAACGCAAACCCAAAUGGUAAUGUCGCAUAUCACAAUUUAUGCUAGUCUCUCAGCACACUCCACCAAGUGCGAUUAGUCAUGCAACUAGACUCGAUAUAGUAAUACUAUCCGUAUGUCCGAAACAUAUGGAAGACUGCAACGAAUUCGAGAAAACGGGCUUUGCGAGGGACUUUACGCCAGAUUACAAAUUUGUAUAAGGAUUAAAGUCACCCACAUGACAUUUUUCAGUGUUAUAUUUUCUUCCGUUGAAGAUUAUCUUAAUUCAAACCCAGUAAAAUAUUGGAUAAGCCGGUUUGAGCAACAUGUCUUUUUCCAGCUAGACAUAAUCGGACCUAAACACUAAUAUACGAGUUGCUUUGGCAGCGGUAAGGUAGGACAGGGGAAAGUUUGGCAAAGUUGUGAGGGUAGGGGGACUGGCAUUUUGUUGAGUUACGGCACAGGGAGAAAAUAGGAUGGGGAAAUCGGAGGGCUGCGGUGCCGUUUGGACGACCUGGGCCAGUGGGGCGGAGUUAAAUAUUGGAGAAAAUUUUUAGCCACUGCAGCAACAAAAAUCAGGCAAACUUCUUUGUUCGCAUGGGACAGAGUCGCAUAUACAAUCUGCGUUGUCACGAGUAUGUGCCAACGCGUUAGCUUUAAUCGCUGUGCCGGUACCCUGCACGUCACUUGUCUAGCCUACUCUGACACUCCCAACAUAUGCUGCCUACGCUGUCCCCGUACAUUCACCUCUCACAUCGGCCUGGUCGGUCACUUGCGAAUCCAUCGCACGGAGGCCGGCGAAUAAGUGCCUGGAGCACCAACAUACACCAGACGCAUUCGCUUCAACUGCCCAAACUGUCCCCGAACAUUCAGCCACCGCAUGGGCCUGAUAGGCCGCCUGCGCAUCCAUGAAAACUGCGGGCUACAUCACAUCAUCACACCUUUCCCCAGCAAUACCUGCACCACACAACAGCAUCACCCACUACCGCACAGCGCAAACACUCAGUCGACGCUUCUCACUGAAGUGGGAAGUGUUCUUCUCGGCUCCUCCACCAUACGGCUCCUCUGCUGCAAGUGAGAUCCGAGUCUGCGAGUAUAACGGUGCGCCAAGCGCUGUGUCUUGGAAGGCGGCUGACUGACGCCUCAACUCAGUCCACGCAGUCUGCCUCGCUGUUUGUGUGUGUUUGUGUGGAUUGGCGAACCGGUGGGCUGAGUCAGGCUGCAAAGGUUCCUUCUCGAUGUCACGCAUGUUAGUCAGUCGAGGACUGAUUGCUUACCCAGCCUUUGAAGGAUGAUGACUCAGGCAAAUGCAGGGUUGCGGGACACCCUUCUGGGCCUCAAGGAUUGUAAGUGUCUGCUAUGCCAGGAUCUGCAAACCAUGGCUCUCGCACACUGGUAUGCGAUGGGAGUUCUCCGAUACCUGGUUCUCUGGCGAUAGAUGCGUCUGCGUCCCCGCUGGGCACACAGGUUGUGAGCAUGGCUGCCCAAUCAUCCUCUUUGUCUCUCUGACCGGUUGCAGUGCUGUUAUUGGUUAAAAUCCCGGUCAAGUGUUUGUUGUGGACCUGGGGCUAUGGUGGUACGCUUAGGCGCGGGUCCGGCUGUACCAAUCACCUGUGCCCUCCCUCACCCCGGGUCUUCUUGACUCUGUUUUGACACCGGGCCCAGAUGGGAAGGAGAGAGUGGGUAGAUGGAGCGCAAUUUUACAUUCACUAUGAACUGAAUCACGCGCAAGUCACCGCGCCUGCCUCACCUUGCUGUGGAACACACGGUAGACUUCUUUGGAAACGACGGUCGGACUACCGCCCCGCACAUUCUGCGGAAGCCUCUUUCCCAUUUGACGGGGUACCGGUGUCCAUUGACGAACCUGGACAGCCCUAGAGGUAGGGCAUAGAGGUUCUGACAGAUAAGUAGUUGUUCGACCCAUAUGGCUUAUUUAAAAAAGUAGGAGGCAUUCAAUCCUUAUAUUAUUUACUGGAAAACUGGGUCAUUUGAGAGGUCACUCCAAGUAAUCAAGCGGAAUAAGCUGCUCCAGACGACGCUUUGGUAUAUGGAUGGCGGAACCGCCUCUUUUCGAAGAUAUAUGCCUUCGAUUUUGUUGGUCUUUCAUAUGCGGCCAAAGAAAGAUAUAAAGGUGCCCCUUAUAUUGUAAUAGUCUUUAUCAGACAACUUUCUUUCUCCGCCUCUGCAUGGCAUAUGAACUGGACUCAGUUGGUUAUUGGACCCAUAAGUCUCCAUUCCUGCCCCAAGGGACAUGUUGUAGAAGUUAGCAUUUACAGCUAGUGAGUUAACUCAUGAAAUGUGUCGAAAUUUACGAAUGAUUGCCAAUCACUCGCAAACCAGCACCAUUUCAUGGGUCAAAUGUCUAUUUUAAUUGAGUACAAAUUUAAAAGAAUUAAAAGCAUAAAAGAAACAUUAAAGGCAGUGUUGCGUUGUUUAGAAAUUCUGAUUUAUUUUGAAAAGCGCAAUAUCCCGAAAACGUCCGAAAUGGCUCUAAUUUAGUAAACUUCGUUUUUAAAUGUAUACAAUGUAUUCUCAUACCAAAAACAUAGUUAAUGUGAGAGUAGACAUAAAAUAACGCCUGAUAACAAUGUUUUCGUGAAGUUUACAUCUAAAUAUCGUUCAAUAAUUAACGUGAUUUCAUAUACGGCAGUUUGACACCUGCCUACAUUCCGAGUGUAGAUUCUGCACAAGAAAAGGACAUUUUACUGAAGGAAGUGGAUAAGUGAACAAUAUUCUCAACGUUAAAGGCGUCCAAAAAUUCUCCCAUCAGAUUCCUUUAUCAGAUUUCAUGAGAUAGGUCACGCACUGUAUACAGGUCUUAACGUUUUCUUGCGUCACAAGCUAGAUCGAUCAGGCGACCCAGCACCUUUGCCUGCGUCUAACUGGAAAUGAGUGAAACACAUACCACAUCCAGCUCAACUUUGACACGUCUGGUCAACAUAGAUCAUUGUGUGUGCACUGAUCAAACCUUCCAAGCGUUGUAUAGGACUACGGACUGCCAAUCACUCAUUGCGGUAAUGCGCCUUUGGCAGUCUAUUUGGUGUAGCGACAGCAUGCGAACCGCUUUGUUAGUAGAAUGCUUGCGCGGCGUGCGACUCAUCCCUCGGCUUGGCAACACUGUGACGUCGAUCGACAUUUCGGUUUUCACCCAUUGGUAACGGCCGGGCAUGACUCAGAAGCAGCUCAACCUCGCUCCAACGACCAACAUUAGUGGCUGACUCUCGACCUAGUGGAAUUUUUGUUGACGCCGACCUUUGGGUUGCUUGUGCGCUCCCGGCUUGAGUAAAGACCAUCCUGUUAGUUCUGUCUCCCUGAUUUUUAAGCUGUGAAGCUGAUCUUUGUCGAUCUUACACCUCGACCCACAUUCAUGACAAGCAGUCGUCCGACUACAUUCCCGAUUACCUGCCCCCCUCGCUCACGGAUGAUGAUGAUGAUGAUGGUGGUGAUGAUGAUGAUGAUGAUGAUGAUGAUGAGGAGGAGGAGGAGGAUGAUGAUGAUGAUGAUGAUGAGGGUGAGGAGGAUGAUGAUGAUGAUGAUGAUGAUGAUGAUGAUGAUGAUGAUGAUGAUGAUGAUGAUGAUGAUGAUGAUGAUGAUGAUGAUGAUGAUGAUGAUGAUGAUGAUGAUGAUGAUGAUGAUGAUGAUGAUGAUGAUGAUGAUGAUUAA